AUGACGCCCAUCUUCAAGGCUUUGCUCGGCCCUGUUGACACAUACAAGAAAUGUCAGAGACAGACGCAUCGUCCUACUGAAGGCUGCCCUCCGGGUACUCUAUAUGUUGCCAAGGAUGAUGCUCGAGCUCAUUUCAAUUCCAUCCAGGACGCUAUCGACUCAUUCGGCAACACCACUACUCCUGGAUACAUUCUUAUUGCUCCGGGUAACUACACAGAGCAGCUGAAUGUGACGCGGAGGGGUCCUCUACACUUGAUUGGAAUGUCCAAUAAACCAUGGAAGCACGAACUAUACGCCGACAUUGAUGUCAACACUACGGCUCAGAAUGACGUUCAGAUUUGGUGGAACUCAGCCAACCACAACGCUUCAUUUCCUGACAACGUCUACACUGGCGUCUUGACGAUCGGUCCUAACCUCAAUGCCACUCUUACUGGUUCGGGUCCCACUGGCUUCCCAGUUCCAGUCGACACUCCCUUUGGAUGCACCGAUUUCCGCGCUUACAAUAUUGAUUUUCGAAACGAGUACAUUCCUUACUCAUACGGACCAGCGCAUGCGUUGGGUGUGAGUAGAGCCAAUGCUGGCUUUUACUCUUGUGGCUUCUACAGCUACCAAGAUACUGUUUAUGUUGGAAAGCUUGGAAAUGCCUUCUUCUACGACAGCGUCAUUGCAGGACAAACAGACUUCCUCUAUGGGUUCGGAACAGCCUACAUUGACCGAUCGACGCUCUCACUCCGCAGCUGCGGUGGUGGAAUCACAGCUUGGAAGGGUACAAAUACGACCUUUACCAACAAGUACGGUGUCUAUAUCAAUGACGCCCAAGUCAUUGCGGCAAACUCUACUGUAGCAAAGGAUGUUGUGGGCAAGUGUGCCCUGGGUAGGCCUUGGAACUCACAACAUCGUUCCAUUUUUAUGAAGUCGUAUUUUGACACCAGUAUCAAUCCCGCUGGCUACAUCAUCUGGGGCAAGGAUACACCGCGUUUAGAUAACUAUACUUUCAUGGCUACCUGGAAGAACUAUGGCCCUGGCUACAACGAGAAGGCUGAGGCGGCAAGUAAUGUUACCCUUGUGCUAACAGACACCGAAGUCGCCCCAUACCGUCUGCCCGUGGAUGUCUUUCAAACUCCGGAUGGCAAGUUUGGUAAUGUGCAUUGGAUCGAUCGAACAAGUUUGUGA